GGCUGCCGCCCGCUGACGCCUGCCAAGAUGGCGGCUCCUGAGGAGGGGGGCACCGAGGCGCCGCCGCGCCCUCCUCCCCCGGCUGAGGGCGAGCCCCCCGGAGCCGCCUGCGGGGCCACCCUCGGCGCGGCGGCGGCGGAGGAAAGCGGCGGCCUCCCGCCCCCGGUGGAGCUGCGGGCGGUGCCCGAGGAGCUGGCUCGGAGCUUGGCCGCUCUGGAAGGCGGCACCGUCCUCUACGUGCAGGCGGAGGGCGCGGGGCCGAGCGCGGAGGAGCAGCCGCCUUCGCCGUCCCGCCACGCCGCCACGCCUCUGGCUCCCGCGGAGCUGCGGAGGGUGAUCGAGAGGGUGAGCAGGGCCCGGGAGCUGCGGGAGGCGUCGCCGCCGCUCCGGGACGGCGGCCCCGAGCCCCCCCCGCCGCCGGCAGCCGUCGUGCAGAACGCGGCCCUGCAGCUGCGGAGCGUGGCCCAGCGCGUGGCCCUGCAGCGCGGCGCGGCCCUAGCGCCCGCCCGCCUCCUCCCGCGGCAGCAGCUGGAAACCAUUUGUGUUCAAGUUCAGCCAGGACAGAUGAAGGAAACAGAAAGGCCAGUGCCAUCCUUGGCACCAAUCCAGUCCAAAACUGUAAUGCUGAGUCAGUCGGUCGGUAGAAAUUCUAGCGUGCCGGGACUUGGCAUUAUUAAUCCCCAGAUAAUUAAGAUACAGCCUGUUACAGGACCUGAGCAGCAGCAGCAGCUUUUCCUGCAUAGUUCUUCUGAGUCUCCAAUUCAGUUGCUUAUGCAGAAACCUCUACCAUCUCAUGGAUCAGUGCCUGUGAACAAGAUUCCUACAAGUAAGGUGCUAAAUGGACAGAAAACUGCACGUGCCACAGUAUCACCUGCGAGGUCUUCAAAUACUGCAGCCAGCUCAACAAAUACUCUGAUGCCAUGCCUUGAAAAAAAGCAAAAAGAUGACAAGCUAAAAAAGUCUUUGAAAGUGAAAACUCGUUCUGGACGGAUUUCACGGCCUCCGAAGUACAAGGCUAAAGAUUAUAAAUUCAUUAAGAUGGAGGAUUUGGCUGAUAGUCAUCAGUCUGACUCUGACGACUACUCUGAGCUGAGCAUAGAAGAUGAUGAAGAAGGGAAGGUGAAGGGAAAGGAUGCGUUGUUCAAUUCUUCAAAUUAUAAUCUGAAACCCAAAAUGUUUAAGUGUCAGACCUGUGAAAAAUCCUAUAUAGGAAAAGGAGGAUUAGCAAGACACUAUAAACUGAACCCUGGCCAUGGACAGCUGGAGUCUGUACCUCAAAAAACACCCUUAAAUAAACCUAAUGGAAGUAUAUUUGUGGACAAUCUCUGUGGAAUAGGAGAGGAAAUUAUGAGUCCGGUGCAUUUGAAUUCAAUUGCUGUCACUUUAAAAAAUGAAAAUGCACUACCUGCCAAUUUGGAAGAAACUGCUGGCUCACAGGUUGAACAGGCUUGUAAGUCUGCAGAAAGCGGAAACCUGCUGGCAGAACAACAGAAUGAAAGCAGUUCAGGACACCGGGGGCCAAUAACAGCAAAAGGACCUGGAAGACCCAGACGACCAAAGAGACGUGGUCGACCAAGGAUGGGUGGAAGAUCCAGGUGUUCUGGAAGGCUUAGCAGACCUGGUCAGUCCCCUUCAAAGUCCCUUAGUAGUGUGUCAACAGAACGCAAUGUAUUCAGAAGAAAAGCUAGGUUAAAAGAGCUAAUACAACAAUGUGAUAAUGAAGACUUGAUGGAGCUGGCUCUCCCACGUCUUACAGAGCUUGUUACAGUGUAUGAAUUCCUGUUGAUGAAGGUUGAAAAAGGUUGUCCAGCCAAAGCUUACUUCCCCGAUGUGUAUAGAGAAUUUGAAGAGUUGCAUAAUAUGGUAAAGAAAAUGGCUUAUGAUUACCUCAGUAAUUCUGAUUUUCUGAGCUGCCAGCAGCCUAUUGAAAUAAAAGAUACGAAGGUUGCUGAAUCACUAGGAAUUACAGAAAUAACCACUGGCGAACAAAAGAUGCAAGGUGUAGACCCUUGUUCACAACAUAUAAUUAAAAUGGUUAGUGAGCAAGUGCCCGUGGAGACACUGGGAGAAAAACGGUUAGCUGAGAGCUCAGGGGAGGAACUGUUGCCAUCAGCCAAAAGGACCAAGUUAGAAGACGUAAUGGAGAAUGUGAAUAAUGCUUAUUCCAGUCAAGAUGAAGUGAAAGAAAAGAGUGGAAAUUUAUGUACACUCUUUGAAAAAGAUGGUCUUAAUCCAUUAAAUGGAGAAAUCCUGCUUCCAGAAGACAGACGUGUCACUUGCUGCACAACUGGAAGCAUGUUACCUGCAGAGGAGGAACGUAAUUUACUUGUUGAUUCAGAAGUUAGAAUCAAUGAUGAAAAUUCAGGUACCUUCUCUCAGACCGUGGAAAUGAGGAUAGAGUAUUCCCAACCUGUAGACAGACAGGGACCAGGUAUUUCAGCUGAUGCAUCUUUGCUACAUACUGAAAUUGUAUUGCCUGUAGAAGCAGGUUGUUCACCAGAAUUAGCUGAAGCACACUUAGUGAGUCAAAACACAGCAGGUGGACUGUCAGCCUCUGAACCCUGCAACUCUGUGUCAGAGCGUGCAGUGGGCAUUCAGAGCACUGCCUUGGCAAUGAGUGAGGAAAAUGGUCUCAAUCAAAAAUGCCAGACACCGCAAGAAGAAAGCCAGAAUUUUGCUAUGAAAGGACAAUCCGAACAACUUCAUGAUGCUGGUAUGACUCAGAUGCAGGAAAUGGAAAAAGCUUUUUCAACACACGUGCCAAUAAACUAUCCACACGGUGCUCAGGCUGAGUUGCACCAGAAUCCUGUCCAAGAAGCCUCUCUCUCUGCUGGUGUGAACCAUGACUGCGCCUAUAAUAACGUGAGUGAAUUUCCUUGUGGGACAGAGGAACAACACGAGCUGGAGAAUGCAGUUGCUGUAGAUCAAACUGUAGCUUUUGAGAUUACUGAUGGGAGCCAUGACUUUUUGACUCAGGGACAUGAACAGAUUUUUAUUCAGACUACUGAUGGGCUUAUUUUGUCUCAUCCUGAUGCUGCUGUUUUGUCUCAGGCAGAAGGUAUUGUUAUUGUAACCGAUUCUGAUGGUACUACAAUGCACAUUCGCACACCUGAUGGGAUACCUUUGGAAACUGUGGAAGCACUACUGGCAAUGGAAGCAGAUGGCCAAAGCGAGGAUGUUCUGCUCUCACAAAGUGAAUUGGAGCCAUAAAUUAGAAUACUACAUAGUCUUUCUUCUAGGAAAGACUGACUAUAUAAAAUGUAUAUUUUUCUAAUGUGAAUAGUGAGAUAAUUGAAAUUUAACUUAUUUGUAAACUGUUUCUAUGCCCUAUACUUUUUAUAACUUAUGUUUAUAAACAUCCAAAACAAUUGCAUCCAAAAAUUCUAAAAUUAACAUUGUUCUCCUUGUUUUAUAUGUUGGGGGGGGGGGGGGGAAUAGAAAGUGGAAAUCUGUCAAUCCUAAAACUGUUGCACUAUUCCCUUUUGUUACGCAGUUCCUUUUCUCUCUAGCCAUCUAAAAAUGCAGUAAGUUGUACUGCUUUUUGGCAGUGAUGUGCUGUGUACUGGCAAGCUGUGUAUGGGUAAAAUAAAAGCUAUUUGAAAGUA